CAGUCUUGAGUCGCUCCUGUUCCUUCUCCUUCUUCGCCCACCGUGUUAGCAAUCCACGAAAUCUGCUUCCCCGGCGCACCGCGACCAGAAACAAAACACUCCGGAUGGGGAGGAAAUGCUCCACGAAGGAGACCGAGCCGCACCGGCGCUGUUGACCGAGCGUCUCUGAGCCGAACAUGGGCCUGAGGAGCCGCCAGCGAACCGCCGGAGCUCCGCUGAGACAGCGCAACACAAAGCGCAUGGAGGCGCGCGCUCUGGUUUAGCGUCUGCGGAUCAUUUCAACGGUUGUUUUUUUUUCUCUCUCUCUCUUCUCUCUAUUACUGACGCUGCUUGGACGCGGGAGGGCUGUUUUUAUUUUUAGUUUUUCUUCACAUUUAUCAAGACGGAUCUGACGCUCAUCAGUGCACCACCAACGGCUGGAUAAAGGAGAAGAAGACGAAGGAGGAGGAGGAAAAUGAGUGAGCAGAGCAUCUGCCAGGCAAGGGCCUCUGUGAUGGUCUACGAUGACGCCAGUAAGAAGUGGGUGCCCAUCAAGCCGGGGCAGCAGGGCUUCAGCCGCAUCAACAUUUACCACAAUACUGCCAACAACACCUUCAGAGUGGUGGGGGUCAAACUGCAGGACCAGCAGGUGGUUAUCAACUACUCCAUAGUGAAGGGUCUGAAAUACAACCAGGCCACCCCGACCUUCCAUCAGUGGCGGGACGCUCGGCAGGUCUACGGGCUGAACUUUGCCAGUAAGGAGGAGGCCACCACCUUCUCCAACGCCAUGCUGUUCGCCCUCAAUGUCCUCAGCUCCCCCGACAGCGGAGGUCCUGUAGUUCAGCGCCAAAAUGGUCCGUCCUCGGAAGAAAGUGAAGCUCAGAGGAGGAUGAUGGAGCAACAUCAGAUGCAGGCGCACAAAGAGAGGGAGCGGCGGACAUCAGGAUCAGUCGUUUCCACCCUCCAGUAUAAAGUGUCUACCCCUCCCACCCACCCAGACACUCCUCCCGAGUACAGACAAUUCAGAGCUAGCACACUGCCGCCCUCCUACGUCCGCGUGGCGUCCUCCUCCUCUCCUCCGUCUCAGGAGAAGGAGUUGGGGGCCAUUAGGGACAAGGCCCAGCUGUCGUCCCAGCUCUCCACCUCACUCGCCUCCGCCUUUUCCCCAGUCCAGACAGGAGUGAACACCCAGGGCCGACAGGUCCGUCAGAUCCCCUUAUCCCCUCCCACGGCGGCCCGCCACCUUCAGCAACAACAACAACAGCAGGACAUCCUCCUCCCCCCCAAACAUGGCACCUGGUCUGCCUCCCUCUUGCAGCAGAUGUACCCCCAGCCUUCCUCGUCCCCUCCGGUAAUGAUGCCGGUGAAGCAGGGGUUACCCCCGCAGCCAGUCCUCCCAGUAGCUCACCCACUUCCACCAGUCAGCACUAGGAUGAAGCCCCCUCCCCUUGAACCUCCCGCCGUUGGGGGCCUCAGUCAGCCGCCACACCCUCACUCCAACGGCCAGCCAGACGAUUCCUACUCUCCUCUUUCCCAGCAUCUCCCGCUCACACCGCAGUACUGCGAGGCAAUCCCCCUCCCUCCUCUGAUUGGUCAGUCAGGCCCCAACCAUCACCCCCAGAACCAGUUAACCUUCCACUCUCAGCAGCAUCUGCACCAACAACACCAGCAGCAGCACCACCAGCAGGCCCAGACCCCCACCACCAUCACCUCAUCUUCCUCAUCCUCCUCGCCCCCCUCUUACACUGCCAUGUCAGACGGGGGCUCUCCCAAGAAGACCCCCUCCCCUGUCCCCCAGCCGGCCCCCGCGGCCAGCAGCAGUGGCCAAGUCUCUGCAGGUCACCCAGCGAUGCUUUCUGUGGUCCCGCCUCCAGCCGCGGCCCCGGCCCCCAUGGCAGGUCCGCCGGCCCCGCCGCCGCCGCCGGGCCCGCCGCCCCCCAUGGCAGUGCCUCCUCCCAUGCCCCCCCCUCUGCCCACCGGCGGGGGCCCUCCUGGGGGCCCGCCUGGGGUCCAGCCUUCAGGACUGGCUGCAGCUCUGGCUGGAGCCAAACUACGGAAAGUGCAAAGGGAUGAGAGCAGCCCACCCGGCUCUGGGGGUAAAUGUGACUCCAACCGGUCGAGUGGUGGCAGCGGCGGCGGCGGCGGAGAGGGGCUUAUGCAGGAGAUGAAUGCCUUACUAGCUCGCAGACGAAAAGCUUCAGAGAAACCCGACGAAGAUGAUUCAGGUGGUCGAGGUCAGCAGAACUCAACAGAUGCUCUGAAGAAGCCGUGGGAGCGGUCCAACUCUGCGGAGAAAUCCUCGCUGGUGUCCAGAGUGAGACCCAUCGGCAGCACCGGUGAAGCCGACACAGAAUUCGACAGGAUGAAACAGGAAAUUUUGGAUGAAGUUGUGCGCGAGCUGCACAAGGUGAAAGAUGAGAUCAUUAACGCCAUCAGACAUGAAAUCGGCAGAAUCAGUACAUCCUAAUCCCGUCCCGCCAGGCGGACGAAGACGCGGCAGACGGAGGACGGACGCGCAGAUGCACAGACACGAGGACCGGGGAAUGUUCUCUCAAUGUUUCUGUUGCAGAGACGUUGCGGCAACAUUUAAGUCUGCUGGACAGCAAAAAGGAAACGGGGAAGACUGAAACGUUGUGAUUAAUUUAAGGAAAGGAGGAAACUCGGACUAGAAGUGAAGAGACGUUUGUACUGAGUUCGGUGUUGUGGUCCUCUCUGUGCACCUAGACUCAGUCAGCCCAGUGUUGCAGCUUUUUUUUUGUCUCUGUUGAGUCUUAUGAAGAAAAUAUUUUUGUUUUCUAAGUUUUUACUGUUUUAUUAUUUAAAACUGUGGUGAUAAUGAUGAUGCUGUCGAUGACAAUGAGUAUUAUUUGGUAUUAGAGAAGGACAAAGGAAUCUUGCACACCAUUUCUGUCUGCUUUUAUAUUUUCUAUGGUCGCUUUCGGUUCGUUUUUCUCCAACAAGCACAAAACGGGCGAAGCUGCAGAUGCAGACACACUCGCCCUGAAACGGCAUAUUUAAAACAAAAAAAUGUUUUUAUAACGUUGCUCAUACUGGUGUUGUACGUCUAAUCUUUUCCCUCCUUAGAUGAAAAUUACCUCUAAUCUCUCAGAACAUUUAAAAGUGCAGCCCGUUUACACUGCAAAAACACAAAAUCUUACCAAGUAUUUUUGUCUAGUUUCUAGUUCAAAUAUCUUAAUAAGUUUAA